AUAGAUUAUCUCUAUAAAUAUUGAAUGUAACUUAUGUAAGUAUAGUAGUACUAGUAACAGCAAAGUUUAUCACUUAUCAAUUGUCAAAACUUCAAAAGCUUAUACAACAACAUGGGUGCUUUAGAUCACAUCUCUGAUUUCUUUGACUGUUCUUAUAGAAGCUCCAAAUACAAGAAGAAGCUCAAGCAAUUUCAGACAGUGGAGGUGAAAGUGAAGAUGGAUUGUGAAGGUUGUGAGAGAAAAGUGAAGAAGUCAGUAGAAGGAAUGAAAGGGGUAACACAAGUGGAAGUAGAUCGUAAAGCAAACAAAGUAACCGUUACAGGUUACGUGGAACCAUCUAAGGUGGUAAAUCGCAUGUCUCAUCGUACGGGUAAAAGAGUUGAGUUAUGGCCUUAUGUUCCAUACGACGUCGUUGAACACCCCUAUGCUCCUGGUGUUUAUGAUAAAAAAGCACCUUCUGGUUAUGUUAGAAAUGCUAAUUAUGAUCCUAAUGUUUCUAAUCUUGCUCGUGCUAGUUCUGCUGAAGUUAGAUAUACUACUGCUUUUAGUGAUGAAAAUCCCACCGCAUGUGUUGUUAUGUGAGGCCACACCUUUGUGAUCAAUAUCAUAUAGUUUCUUUUAUUUUCUUUUUAGUUGGUUUGCUUUUUCUAUUAUUGUAAAUUAAAUAGGAUUAAUUAAAGAGAUAUGAAUGCUUUCUUUUCUUUUUUUAUUGAAAAGAAUGAUUUCGUGUGUUGUCAAUGGACAUGUAUUAGAUUCUAGUUCUAUGUCACGGUUAAGGUGGGCAAGUCUCUAAUUUACCCAUGAUGGAAAAUGUGUUUUUGAUCUCCUAUAUGUGUUUGGUUUAGUGGUGGUUAGAAUUGAGUUUGGUAGAAUUGAGUUUGACAGAAUUGAUUUUGGUUAAAAGUGAGUUGAGUAUAAUUGAUUUAUCUUUGGAUAAUUUUAUGUAAAAGUGAUUCUUAUCAAUUUAUGUUAUUUGGAUAGUUUGAAUCAAAA